AGUUUUAACAUCCAUCGAUCUCAUCGUCAUUCUCUCUCGAUCGCGAAUGGCACGAAUCCUCUUCCGAUCCCCAAUCGGCGAAACGCUGUUCCGAUCUCCGGCUUCUCAUAUCCUUGCAGUGCGGCAGAUGGCCAGCAGACCAGAGAAUACAGGGGCGAUGGCACAGCUCUUGGAGAUCGACCUUGAGGCUGAUGGUGUCGCAGCGUCGGCAUCGGAGAUGGAGGUCCUCGGCAUGAAGCGCCUUGAGGAUGCAAUCCAUGGGAUUAUUGUUCGUAGAGCUGCCCCGGAUUGGCUUCCUUUUAGGCCGGGGUCUUCGUACUGGGUUCCUCCCAAGAAGAAGAAUCUGGGCCUUGUGCAAUUGGUUGGGAAGCUCGGGAACCCUAUGACGGAGGAGGAGAACCUGUCUUUCACCUCGGUGCGUGGAUGGCCCUCCUUUGCUUACUUCGUUGAAGGUGUGCCGCCUCGCCAUGCUAGAAAUACCAUAAAGAGGGUGGUAGUGCAAUCUGAUGACGAAGAGGGCUGAUUCCUCUCAAAGGACAAAAGAUAUUGUGGGCUAAAGAACUUGUAUAUACGGGGUGCAGAACUGAAUGCUUGCAAUGGCUCGGUGCAGAAGCGAAACCUUCGAUUUCUGCUGCCUGCUCUUCUUGAAUGGUUUCUGUAAUUUUAACUGUAUUACCUUAUUAUAAUGUCAUAAUUUUGUCACCAAAUUGAUCAUUUCUACUCCCCAUUGUUUGGGUAUAUCAUGUAAAAAUAACUGCUAGACUUUGUUGUUUCAGCAUCAAUUGUGGUCCAAUAAUUGAUAAGGGGAAAGAUUUGGUGGCAGUAUCAGUAUGUUAUGUUCUUUAUUCUGAAAGACUGACAAACCAUACUAUCUAUUUUUAA